GAAUUGGAAUUUAUUUUUCUACAUUAUCAUACAAACAUAUUAAUAUUUUACAAAAUUUCUAGUUUAUUCUGUUAUCGUGAACCUUAAUUUCUUCAAAAUGCCUAAUUUACAUGAUAGCUUAUCUGAAAGAAACGUUGACUCCAGUGGGCCAUCUACUUCGCAUGUAUCCACGUCGCAGCCAGUGGUGCGUUCGAAAAGCGUAAACGGUAAAUCUAAAGCAUGUAAGGUUCUACCAUCCAAGAAACCUACGAAAAACUUUGUAACAUCAAGACAGAAACAGGAUGGAAAUAAUAUGGGUAAUAAAACAGAAUCUAAUGUAGCUGAUAACGAAAUUGCGAGUCAGUGUCAAAAUUUAAAUUUAAGUGAUGAAAGAGAUGAAGUAGAUCAAGGAGAUAAUCAGGUAAUUCCUAAAAGAAAAAAUGCUAAGAAAAAGGAAAGGCUGAAGCGUUUGUCGAUGCCAACGGCGGAUAGUGUUCAAGUCCCAGAAACAGCUCACAACACGGAUACCAGUUCUAAUUAUGUUUUAAAUGAUAUGAUGCCAGUCCAAGAAUAUUUCAUGAAAUGCAUUACGCCUAUGUAUGCUGCUGCUAGUUCAAGGUUUUUAGAAAACCUAAACUUUCAUCCACAAUUUCAAUUUUUACGUCAUAGUAUGUCAGUUUCAGCAAGUGUCCCAAAUACACCAUUAUUGCACCACAGUAUUUCUUACAAUACACAGUCUUCAAGUAACAGUACACCUAUUGUGCAAUCAGCACCCAACACACCAAAAUUUAUACAAAAUGCUAUACAUCAUCCAUUAUUGAGUUUCUCUUUACAAAAUCAUAAUAAUAUCUUGAAAUAUGUGCCACCAAGAAGUAUGUUUGAAACUGGGCAAGAAGAUAAAUAUCAUAAUUCACCUAAGAAUAAGAGGAAAAAUAAAAAAAAACAGGGAACCUCUGAAGACAAAAACUUUGACAAUUACUUAGCAGAAAAUGAAGUUGACAUUGGUAUUAGAAACAAUACUCUUAUUGAAGGAGUGUUGAGGAUAAAUCCAAAACAAUUUCAACAUUCAUAUGUCUCAAAUAAUGAUCGUAGUGAACAAGAUAUUCUUAUAGAUGGAUUAAAAAAUCGUAAUAGAGCACUAGAAGGGGAUAUAGUGGUAGUACAAUUGAUUGAAAAUUGUGAUAAUGAUAUUGAUAACAAUAAACAAAAAAAAGGUAAAGUAGUUCAUAUCAAAGAAAAAAUCCACACACGCACAUGUAUCGGAAAUUUGAAGUUGACGGCUGAUAAAAAUAGACAAAAAGCAUUAUUUGUACCAAGGGAUCAUAGAAUUCCUAGGCUUAACAUACCAUUUACAUGUUGGCCUGACAAUUUUUAUCAAGAUUCUGAGAAGUAUGAAAAUACAUUAUUUUUAGCUAAAAUUGAAGAUUGGUAUGAUGUUAGAUUUGCCAUCGGUAAAAUAAUUUGCAAUAUUGGUCAGUCCGGAGAUAUGAUUACAGAAACCAGAGCAAUUUUAGCUCAGAAUGAUCUAGAUAUUACACCUUUUGGAUCUGAAGUAAGAGAUUUAUAUCCUCGUCUUGAUUACUCUAUUCCUGAAAAUGAAAUCAAGAAAAGAGAAGACUGUCGAAAAUUGUGUGUUUUUAGUAUUGACCCUCCAAAUUGUAGAGAUAUUGAUGAUGCAGUUUCAUGCAGACUAUUGGAAAAUGGCAAUUAUGAAAUAGGGGUUCAUAUUUCAGAUGUUGCCCAUUUUUUGACUGAAGAUACAUUACUAGAUGAAAAAGUAGCUGAUAAAGCUACAACAAUUUAUUUGGUUGAAAGAGCAUAUCACAUGCUGCCUGAUGACCUUUGCAUGUUGUGCUCUUUAUUUCCGGGAGUUGACAAAUUAGCUUUCUCUGUUUUUUGGGAAAUAAGUGAGGAUGCUGAAGUGUUAAAUCAAAGGUUUUCAAAAACUGUAAUACAUUCAUGUUGUCAAUUAGCUUAUGAUCAUGCUCAAGCUAUUCUUGAAGAUAGAGAAAAUGCACAAACAAUUUUUCCAGAAACAUAUAAUGGAUUUGAGUAUAAGAAUAUUUAUGAUGUGAUAAAAAUUCUUGGAAAAAUUGCUGCUAAAUUCCGUAAGCAAAGAUUUGACAGUGGAGCUUUAAGAAUUGACCAACCAAAAGUUUCUUUUCAACUGAAUGCAAGUAAUGGUUUACCUGAAUCUUUCUGGCUAUAUGAAAAUAAAGAAAGCCAUCAGCUAAUUGAAGAGUUUAUGUUAUUAGCAAAUAUGACAGUAGCAAAAAAAAUCUAUGAUGAUUACCCAAAACUAGCAUUUUUGAGAUGUCAUCCCCCACCUAGUGGAUUUAUGUUGAAACAAUUAGUUAAAUCGCUGCAGCCUAUGGGCAUAAAUUUGGAAAUAUCAUCUGCUGGAGAUCUUCAUAGUUCACUAAUGCAGUAUGUUACAACAGAGGACAAGGGUAGAGCAAUGGUUUUAAAUAUGCUGUGUGCAAAACCAAUGGCUAGAGCUAAAUACUUUUGUGCUCAUGGUUGUGAUGAUGAUGAUUUCCAACAUUAUGCUCUAAAUGUACCUCUUUACACACAUUUUACAAGUCCUAUACGUCGAUAUGCUGAUAUUAUGGUUCAUAGAUUAUUAGCAGCAAGUAUUAAGUUUAGGGAUGCACCUGAUUGGGAAGUUGAUAAAGUGCGUAUGAUAGCUGCACAGUGCAAUAAGCAAAAAUACAAUGCAAAAAAAGCAGGUGAAAUGUCCACAGAAUUGUACAUGUUGAAGUAUAUAGAAUUGAAUUCGCCUGUCAUGACAGAUGCAGUGGUAGUUGAAGUCAGAGAAAAAUAUAUAGACACUAUAGUUGUUCCCAUGGGGCUAAACAGAAGAAUCUUCUUUAAUAAUGACUUCCCUGGUGAAUAUUUGUGCAUCAAAAAUGAAGCUGGCGCAAAACUUUCAAAGAUGGAACUAACGUGGAAACCAGUAGAUCAUCUACCAGAAAUAAAACAAACAAUUGAAGUAUUUUCUAUUUUAAAAAUUGAGUUGGUAAAAGGUGAUGACAUGGUGAAAGUUGAAACAAAGUUAGUAAGACCCCAGUAGUAAUAACAUUUAUUAAAUUAUAUAUAUAUGUAUAUAUAUAUUUGGUGUUUAUGAUGAAGUUUUUAAGCUAUACUGAUAGUUUUAUUAAACAAUGACAAAAACUAGUAUUUUUAGUACUUGACUCGAAAGUGAGGCCACUAUUCUCUAUUCAAAAAAAUUAUGGUUAAAAUGUAAGAUAAGCUGAAGAUUCAAUAUUAUCAAAUGGUUGGCUAUCCUUUUUUGUGUAGUGUAGAUUAUUAUAGCAAUCAACUAGGUAGUAACUGAUAAGCGUAUAAAGUACCUAAAUAAAAUUUUGCAUAGACAAUUAUGUGAAUAGACAAUUAUGUUUUUAUGAAAUAUAUUUAAAAUCUUGCUUUAGGUAAGAAAAUAAAUUGUCAAGUUUUUAUAAAUUAUGUUUUAUUAUUUAUGAAAAUUGUACUGCGUGAUUUUAUUUUGUUAUUUAGAUAUAUUGCUAAAUAAUAUUGUCAAGAGUGUUCUUUGCGGUAUUGUGUGGUGCUUUCUUUAACACUUAGUACAAGUAGCUGUUAUAUAGAUUAAGGUCAAGAGCUCAAUUGCUUGUUAACGCAACGCCUAUGGCGUCAAUAAUAAAUGUUUAUGACAAAAUAUUU